CAGGGUGGGGCAUCCACAGUUUACCACCAUUUUGGGAUCAGUGACUCGCUUUAAAAAGGUAGCAUCAACUCUGGAGGGACGCAACACACAGGACAACCCAAGAGUAAAACCAGCUGUGCAGUUAAAGAGUACAGAGUUUGACAAACACAAGGUUUCAGAAUGUCUGACGCCGUCAUGGCAGAGUUUGGGUCUGCUGCUUCCUUCCUGCGUAAGUCAGAGAAGGAGCGCCUGGAGGCCCAAACUCGCCCCUUCGACAUGAAGAAGGAGUGCUUUGUGCCUGAUCCUGAGGUGGAGUACGUCAAAGCCUCAAUCACCAGUAGAGACGGUGACAAAGUCACUGUUGACACUGAAUUUGGAAAGACUCUGACUUUCAAGGAGGCCGAUGUUCACCCUCAGAACCCGCCAAAGUUUGAUAAAAUUGAGGACAUGGCGAUGUUCACCUUCCUGCACGAGCCCGCUGUGCUGUUUAACCUCAAAGAGCGUUACGCAGCCUGGAUGAUCUACACCUAUUCAGGGCUGUUCUGUGUAACUGUCAACCCCUACAAGUGGCUGCCAGUGUACGAUGCCUCUGUGGUCAAAGCCUACAGAGGGAAGAAGAGGACUGAAGCUCCUCCUCACAUCUUCUCCAUCUCUGACAACGCCUACCAGUACAUGCUGUCAGACAGAGAGAACCAGUCUGUCCUGAUCACUGGAGAAUCCGGUGCUGGAAAGACUGUGAACACCAAAAGAGUCAUCCAGUACUUUGCCAGCAUUGCUGCUGUAUCUGGGAAAAAAGAUGCAGCUUCUGAGAAGAAGGGUACUCUGGAGGAUCAAAUCAUCCAAGCUAACCCUGCCCUGGAGGCCUUUGGCAAUGCCAAGACCAUCAGAAAUGACAACUCCUCCAGAUUCGGUAAAUUCAUCCGAAUUCACUUUGGUGUAAGUGGAAAACUGGCUUCUGCAGAUGUUGAAACUUAUCUGCUGGAGAAGUCUCGUGUCACUUAUCAGCUCAAGGCUGAGAGAGACUAUCAUAUCUUCUACCAGAUCCUCUCCCAGAGAAAACCAGAACUGCUGGAGAUGCUGCUCAUCACCAACAACCCCUAUGACUACGCCUACAUCUCCCAAGGAGAGACACAAGUGACAUCCAUUGAUGAUGCUGAAGAGCUGAUUGCCACUGAUGAAGCGUUUGAUGUGCUGGGCUUCACUGCAGAAGAAAAGGCAGGCAUCUAUAAGCUGACCGGUGCUGUCAUGCACUACGGCAACAUGAAGUUCAAGCAGAAGCAGCGAGAGGAACAGGCAGAGGCUGAUGGGACUGAAGAUGCUGACAAAGUCGCAUAUCUGAUGGGCUUGAACUCUGCUGAUCUCAUCAAGGGUUUGUGCCACCCGAGAGUUAAAGUAGGAAAUGAGUGGGUCACCAAGGGACAGAGUGUCCAACAGGUGUACUACUCUAUUGGUGCUCUGGCAAAGUCAGUGUACGAGAAGAUGUUCUUGUGGAUGGUUGUGAGAAUCAACCAAUCCCUGGACACCAAACAGCCUCGUCAGUACUUCAUUGGUGUGCUGGACAUUGCUGGAUUUGAGAUCUUUGAUUUCAACACCUUUGAGCAGCUGUGCAUCAACUUCACUAAUGAGAAGUUGCAGCAGUUCUUCAACCAUCACAUGUUUGUGCUGGAGCAAGAGGAAUACAAGAAGGAGGGCAUUGAGUGGGAGUUCAUUGACUUUGGCAUGGACUUAGCAGCUUGUAUUGAGUUAAUUGAGAAGCCUAUGGGUAUCAUGUCCAUCCUUGAAGAGGAGUGCAUGUUCCCCAAAGCCAGUGAUGCAACAUUCAAAGCUAAGCUUUAUGACAACCACUUGGGUAAGAAUCCUACUUUCCAGAAGCCCAGGAUUGUCAAGGGUAAACCAGAGGCGCAUUUCUCCCUGGUUCACUACGCUGGCAUUGUUGACUACAACAUUUCAAACUGGCUGGUGAAGAACAAGGACCCUCUUAAUGAGACUGUGGUUGGACUCUUCCAAAAGUCUACUGUGAAGCUGCUGUCGUUCCUGUUUGCUGGAUAUUCUGGGGCUGACUCAACCCAAGAUGCCAAGGGAGGUAAAGGAGGUGGCAAAAAGAAGGGUUCGUCUUUCCAGACUGUGUCAGCCCUUCAUAGGGAGAACUUGAACAAGCUGAUGACCAACUUGAGGUCAACUCACCCUCAUUUUGUGCGUUGCCUGAUUCCCAAUGAGACUAAGACUCCUGGGGUGAUGGAGAAUCCUCUUGUCAUGCACCAGCUGCGCUGUAACGGUGUGCUGGAGGGCAUCAGAAUCUGUAGAAAGGGAUUCCCCAACAGAAUCCUGUAUGGAGAUUUCAAGCAGAGAUACCGUAUUCUGAAUCCAUCUGCCAUCCCCGAGGGUCAGUUCAUUGACAACAAGAAAGCUGCUGAGAAACUGCUGGGCUCAUUGGACCUUGACCACAGCCAGUACAAGUUAGGACAUACUAAGGUGUUCUUCAAGGCUGGUCUGCUGGGUACACUUGAAGAGUUGAGAGAUGACCGUCUUGCUCUCAUCAUUACUGGGAUUCAAGCAAGAGCUCGCGGUAUUCUCUCAAGAAUUGAGUUCCAGAAGAUUGUUGAGCGCAGAGAUUCUUUGUUGGUGAUCCAGUGGAACGUACGUGCCUUCAUGGGUGUCAAGAACUGGCCCUGGAUGAAGCUCUACUUCAAGAUUAAGCCUCUGCUGAAAUCUGCUGAGACUGAAAAAGAAAUGGCCAACAUGAAGGAAGAAUUCACCAAGCUGAAAGAGGCUUAUGCAAAAUCUGAAGCCCGCAAAAAGGAACUUGAGGAAAAGAUGGUUUCUCUUCUCCAAGAGAAGAAUGACCUUCAACUUGCAAUGCAGUCUGAGCAAGAUAAUCUUUGCGAUGCUGAGGAGAGAUGUGAGGGUCUUAUCAAGAGCAAGAUCCAGCUUGAAGCCAAAGUCAAAGAGCUGACUGAGAGACUGGAAGAUGAAGAAGAAAUGAAUGCAGAGUUGGUUGCAAAGAAACGAAAGCUGGAGGAUGAGUGUUCUGAGCUCAAGAAGGACAUUGAUGAUCUUGAGCUCACUCUGGCCAAAGUAGAGAAGGAGAAACAUGCCACUGAGAACAAGGUUAAAAAUCUCACUGAGGAAAUGUCAGCACUUGAUGAAAUCAUUGCUAAACUGACCAAGGAGAAGAAAGCUCUGCAGGAGGCCCAUCAGCAAACGCUGGAUGACCUCCAGAGCGAGGAAGACAAAGUCAACACACUCACCAAAGCCAAAGCCAAGCUGGAGCAACAAGUGGAUGAUCUUGAGGGAUCCUUGGAGCAAGAAAAGAAGCUGCGCAUGGAUCUUGAGAGAGUAAAGAGAAAGCUGGAGGGUGAUUUAAAAUUGACCCAGGAGAGCAUUAUGGACUUGGAAAAUGAUAAACAGCAACUGGACGAGAAGCUGAAGAAGUAAGAACAUGUCAAACAAUUCAAAUACAU